UGAGAGUAAGGAUGCUACCUCGGACAAGAACACGUUCCUACACUUGAAGCAGAGCUGGGCUACAGCUGGAAUGAUCUCACUCAACUUUUGCCUCAUCCUCCUGACGAGCUCUGCGCUUUGCGUCUCAGCUUUUCGCUCAACCUUCAUCAAAGAUCCGUCGAGUUUGUUAUCGUUUGCAAAGACGUGCACUCGGAGGCCUUCAACUUUGCCGCGUAGGAGAUCACCAUCCCUUGUCGCUUCCAGUUUGAUGUGUGCCAGUGGCAGUGGGAUAGAAAACGCAGGACUCUCUGAACUUCGAACCAUGUCGGGGCUUCGCAGUCGCAUCCGGAGCUUGUGCGAAGAAGAAAAUGAGAUGGAGAAAGGAAAGAGGACAAAGGAUCUUGAAUGGAUAAGGAACUUAUCGGACGAAGAGAUUCUCAGGUUUUUACGUGCUCGCUCUCGAAAUAUCUACGGACACGACUGGAGGCUGCAGAUGCUAGAUUCUCACGACCCGGUGUUGGAUGAUUCGUACAAGUUCCUCGUUGAGCAUGCUUGCUGGCGAUAUGAGAGGGGCUUUCACCUCGAUGAUUUCAAAAGCUCUGCGCCCCCUGCAGCCCUAGCUGUAUGGAAGUGGAGGGAAGACAGCUCAAGCCCAGUCCUCUCACUACAUCUCGAGGCUUCAAACGAGUCUUUGUCGUUGCAAGAGCUCCUCGAUGGAUUUGCCGAUGCUUGUGAAAUUGGACGGAGGAAGUUCAAAGUCGGCGUGAACAAGCAGGCAGAUUUGAUUCUCAGUAUCAAACCUUCAGAUACAGGUUCAGGGCAGAAGGACCUACUCAAGGGGUUUGUAGAGCAUUUGGUCAUGGAGAUUGGAGUGAGGAGAGUUUCUGCAAUGAUUCUUCAGAUCUUUAAUCCAGUCAACAUCGCAACAUAUCCUCCUGCUAGAUCCGUGCUCGAGCACAGCCCGGGGCUUUUCAAGAGGAUUUACGUUCAAGAUUACGAUGGAGCCGUUUCAGCAAUAUGGACAUUUAUCUCUCGCGCAAGUGUUAUUCCUGUCCUUGAAAUGCUCUUCUCAGCGGUUCUCCUGGACAAACCCAUUCGAGACAAGAUUAGUUUCGGCGUUGAGCCUUGAUAACUCGAGUCAGUGUACAUCUAGUGAACUUCGG